AUCGCUGCAGCAGCUGUGCGGGUGGACGGGGAGAAGCAUGCAGGCUGCAUGCCCGCUUCUGAUGAGCUACUACAACCGCCUGCUCGCCUCUCGUGGCCUCACCACUCUCGACCCCCGGCUAGCACCCACAGCUGCGAGGGCAGCCCUAGCCGGCACUCCCCUCAUGCCUGUGCCGCCGCCGCUGCCCCAGCUACCGCUGCCGGCUCCGCUGCCGCCACAGCCACAGCCGCCGCCGCAGCCGGCGGCUCCACCGCAGCCGCCUGCGCCGCAACAAGCGCCAGAAGCAGCAGCAGCAGCGCCUGAGCAGGAGGCGCCACAGCCCCCGCCACAGCAGCCUCAGCCUCAGCCAGCGGCCGCUGCAGCUCCGGAGGUCCAUCCCGCUGAUGCUGCUGCUGCUGCUGCUGCUGCCCCCACCGCCGUCAUCGCUACUGCUGCCCCCGCCGCUGUUGCUGCUGCUGCCCCGGCUACUGCUGACGGUGGUGGAGAGAGUGGAGCUGCCGGCGGCAUCAGGAGAGCUACGCAGGGUGUAGCUCAGCUCUCCAUCUCCGUCCAGGAUGCCACCACCACCACCGCCGCCACCACCACUGCCGCAACCUCCGCAGCCCCAGGCCCCGCUGUGGCGGCUUCUCCGCCCUCCGCUGCUGCUCCUGCUACGGUGGAAGAGGAAAGCGAGGAGGAAGAGGAGGAGGACGAUGAGUUGGAGGGAGCUGGAGCAGCAGUAGCUCUUGGCACGGCGGCAGCAGCCCCCGGCGACGGCUCUGAAACGCAGGACGGCGGCGCUGGCGGCAGCAGCAGCAGCCACAGGGGUGCGGACGCGGGCGCUGGAACCUCAACACCCGCCCCUGCGGAUGGGUCAUCGCCAUCCACAGCGGCAGCGCGACGCAAC